AUACAGCUUCCCCCACGGCCACCGAGGGUAGUCGAUUUAGAGAAAUAUGAGAAUGUGGUGCCAGUCGUGCCGAGAAGAGUACAAGGAGAAGGACGCUGGAACCUGCAAGGAAUGCUACGAGGAGGCGAGCGAGACAGAGGAAGAGCUGAAGCGCGAAAUCGAAGACCUAAAAGCAAAGGUUGCCUUCCUCCGCCUCUCCCCGCCUGUCGACUCCCACUUCGCCAACUCCAAUGCCGAUCUGCUGCUCCACGGCGUGUCCGAAUCACAAGACGGAGCUAACGCCGCCCUCACCCCCGCCGUCCCCGCCCACCGUGCCGUCCUCAUAAGCAGGUCUCCCGUUUUCAAAGCAAUGCUGGAGACCGAAAUGGAAGAGAACAUGAGCGGCAUGAUUAAAAUCUACGACGUCCCCUACGAAUCCCUUCGUUCCUUCGUCAAAUACCUGUACACUGCAGAAGCACUCCUUGAUGAGCAGAUGGCUUGUGAUCUCCUUGUUCUUGCGGAGAAAUACCAGGUGAAGCAUCUGAAGUCUUUCUGUGAGAAAUUCUUGACUUCCAAAGUGAACAAUGAGAAUGCUAUUGCAAGCUAUGUCUUUGCUCAUCAACACCAUGCCAAGCAAUUGAUUGAAGCCGCUUUGUCUUCAAUCUUAGAGAAUAUAUCCACAUUAACUGAAAGGGAGGAAUAUAAGGAGCUUUUGGAUAAGGAUCCCCGGCUUGUAGUGGAGAUAUAUGAAGCUUAUUUAACUAGGCAGGUGAACACUGCAGAAAAGUAAAAUAUGUUUACUGAACAUUUCGAAAUAUGAAGGAAAGAAAUGUGAUUGUCUUCUAGUUUAUGCAGAGUGUUUUGGAAAGUCAAUUUCAAAUUUCAUCUUAAUGUCUAGUGUUGUUGUUAGCAGCUAUAUAGUGAUCAUAUGUUUGAGCUUGAGCUGAGCUGUAGAUUAUGAUAUGUUCUGGGAAUCCAAACUCUUUUUUUUUUGGUUA